AUGAAAUCCUCCAGCCUGACCCGGGGCGUCUUUCGGGCAAUCAUUGCCAAUCGACCUUAUGUCGUUCGAGACUGCCGGCGCCGUAUUGCGUCAAGACCGAGACCUCGUGUUCUACCACCGACCAUUCGACUAUCUCAGAAGCGUAACUUCUUUGGUUUGACCUUCAGCGGCGGGCAGAAGACCUUGGUGGGUGCAAAGAAUACCGAGGCCAAUAUCGAAGCUGCCCUGCUCCGCCUGGUCGAUCUUGUCAAAGCGAGGAGGUCACAAUCGAGACUGCCAUCCGACGAGGAGGUCGCAGAUGCUUUCAAGUUUUUCUUUGACUCCAGAGUUGCAGCGCCCGGACGACUGACGAGGAACGAGAUCUUUUUGGUCACAGAAGCAUUCAAGCAUUUACAAGAGCGAGGACACAUCUUAUCUGGAGAGGAAAAGGCAGCGCUGUCAGAAGAAGACUUGGACAAUGUGUUGCUGGUAUUGGCGUCGUCCACGGGCCGAGAUAGGUACCGAAGUGACGCCCGCAUCCUGGCAACUCUUGUCUUCGAGGCUCUGCAGUCGAGAUCCGGUGUCGUCGAUGACAUAGAGCUGGCGCCAGAGGCUGGGCAUCAGGCCGUGAAGCCCUCCCUGCUGGUGACCUACAUCACUGUGCUCGCCAAAACUGGUUCUGCUCAAGAUGCCCUGGAGCUCUUGCGACGGUCUGAACAAAGUACCGAGAGAGCAAGCCUUUCCAUGUGGACAGCCAUUCUUACCGGAUUGGCGAAUGAAGGCCGGACACAAGAAUUCUGGAAGGUCGUUCAGGAAAUGCAAGACACGGCUGGUCCGCUGGAUGCAGGCGCCCAGCAGUCGUUGGUGAGCUACCUGGCACAACGGGGCGAGUUCCAUACACUCCAGAGAGUAUUUGAGUUACCGCUGGAAGAGGGACAGGUGCCGACCACUGAGAGUCUGGUCAAAGCGGUAGACUGUGCUAUACAAAAUGGAGAUUUGAAAUGGGGAUCUCGAUUUGUCAAGGAGCUUGAAAAUCGGACCGAUUCUGGCGAGAUGGCGGGAACAUUAAUCCUCUGGUAUGCCUUGCGAGACCAAGAUCCAACUCAUAUCCGACAGAAGCUUGAGCAGAUGGCACAAUCGGGAGUUACUGAUGCAAUCACCAUGAAGACUCUCAACCGAUUGAUUGAACAUGCCUACUUGCAACACCAAGCAGAGAAUGCUGAGCGAUAUGUUCAAUUGGCGGAAGAUUUUGGGCUGAAACCGGACGCAAAAACACAUUCGGUUCAGCUGCACUACCAUCUUCACCAGGGAGAUCGCGCCGCGGCUUAUUCGACGUACGAGCUCCUUUUGCGGGAUGAUGUUCCUGCGGAUCGAUGUGACUCUCGCGUUCUCAACGAAUAUAUAACCUCACUGGCAUUUUCGGCAAACCCGGAAUAUACUCAUCUCAUGCAAAUUGUCGACCACAUUCUCGAUACCGAUGCUGAGUUGGAGCCCGAGGCCGUUGCCGGACUCUGCCAUGUUUUCUUGCAGAAGGAUGAGCUCGAAGAGGCGACGGGAAUUCUGCGUCACCGAAUCGACUCGUACCCGAUGGACGACCGAGCGCGUAUUGCCGCAGUCUUUCGUCAGUUUAUUGCAGACCCGACCAUCACAGCUCAACGAGCAUUCAACGCUUACGAACUUUUCCGACAUGCCUUUCCAGAGGCAGAGGUUGAGGACCGUAUCCCGUUGAUGCAAUCGUUCUUUGAUCGUGGUCGCUCGGAUCUGGCGUGUUUGGUGUUUGGUCACAUGCGACAACGGGAGGAGCCAGCUGCGAGACCCACGCCUGAAGCAUAUGCAAAAUGUUUCGAAGGCAUAGCCAAGUGCAAAGAUAUUGACGGACUCCAAAUGGUGUACAACAUGCUCAAGCUUGACUUGAUGGUCGAGCAAACGACGCGCAUUCACAAUGGCAUGAUGGCAGCGUACACGGCGUGCCAACAGCCAUUUUCGGCCAUCAUCGACCACUUCUGGAAGAUCAUGGAGUCCCGAGAAGGCCCGACCCUGAGUUCGUUCGCUCUCGCCCUCCAGGCUUGCGAGAAGUGGAUCCCCCAAGGGGCGCACGAAGCCAGACACAUCAUGGCGCUGAUGCAGAGUUUCAACCUUGUCAUCACCAAGGAGAUUUACGAUUGCUACGUGGGCGCUUUGGCGGGCCAGUCCGAGUUCGAGAAUGUGGUGGAGCUGAUUGAAAAGAUGGAGGAAGACAUCGGCGAACCACCGGACGUUCUCACCAUCGGGACCUUUUACAAUGCCAUACCCUGGCAAUAUAGGAAGGACGAGGUCGAAAAGUGGGCCAAGCAGGCGUACCCUGACUUGUGGGAGGAAUUGGAAUCGUACGGAGACGAGAUCGACGAGGAGUGGGAAAUUCGCUAUUUCAAAAUCGACCGAAACAUCGACAUGGAUGACGGCUUGUUGUUUGCCGAGGGAGAGUAUCAUCCUGUCAUUGCACAGGCGAGACAGACCACGCUGGAGGCACCGAGGAAGUAG